UUUAGUGUAAACUUCAAAACAUAACAGACUCUUGACUUAUCUUGACACUUACUUGAAAGUGCACACAAGACUUUAACAGCUCUGUCAAGACUUGAAUGGUUGUCUUUAUGUGUCUCUCCUUUGAGGUUGAGGCAACACGCUUCUUGACAGCAUCAGUGAUGUCCACUCCAGCCUCCCUGGCCAUUGCCAAGACAUUCUGGCCUGAAAUGGAGACCCCACGUUUUCAACCUGGGCCACGGGAGUCUGGGAUGGAUGCCCGCAGCGAAGGCAGGAGACCUCUGAAUGCCAGCAAUGUGGCUGAAGAUCAGGACAGGAGUCUGCUGGCUGGAGUGCAGGACCAGAAACCACUGGAGAUCUAAGUAGGAGACUGGCAACCUGGUAGCAGGACUGGGGACCUUCAGGACAGCGGGACUGGAAUCCUGCAAGUGAACCGGUGGAGCCAAGAAAACCAGAAAAUGUAGUAACACUGGAAGUGGUGACUGCUGCAGCUCAGGCACCACACUUUCUGGAAUGUGGAAGUAAGGACUGCCUCUCUGUCACAGUCACUACAGGCCUUCCUCCACAAAGCAGAUA